UUAAAAGUAUAACAGUACCAAAAUCAGGCAGGCAUACUACCAGAGGAAUUCGUGACUAUAGAAAUUUUGUUGAAAGUGAUUUUAUAGAAGAAAUAUUGCAAGUCCCUUGGGACAUUGCAUGCCAAUUUGACGACCCUAAUGUAUGCUGGCAAGCUUGGAAAUCUAUUUUCCUCGAAAUUCUUGACAGGCAUGCGCCUAUGCGAUGUAAGAGAAUAAGGGGAACCUCGGUGCCUUGGAUAACAUCCAAUGUUAAAAGGUUAAUGAAGAAUAGGGAUUUUCAUAAAAAGCAAGCAAUAAAACAUGCUUCUUCGGCACAUUGGGAUAUGUAUAAAAUUGAACGAAACAGGGUCAAUGUGGCCAUGAGAAGCGCCAAAAAAGUAUACUUUCGUGACAAAAUCAAGGAAUGCUUACAGAGUAGGGAUGUUAAAAAGAGCUGGAAUUUGAUAAAUACUUUACUAAGCAGAAAUAAGAAAUCAUCCAAUGUUAAUGAACUUCAUAUCAAUAAUUCAGUUAUCGUAGAUAAUAAGCAAGUAGCUGAUGCCUUUAAUGAAUAUUUCGUACAAAUUGGCCCUAAGCUAGCGGCUGAAGUGUGUGACCCAACCAGUCAAUUUACAAACAGCUCGGACCCCCAAGAUUGUUCCAACAGUUAUCUUGGCCCACGCUUUGUUUUUUCUCAAAUUAAUCAAAUCAAUGUCGCCACAAGUUUAAGUCAACUUAAAGUCUCAAAAGCUACGG